AAUCUAAUAAUAACAGUCAUCGGGUUUAUCACAGCCACUGAUUCGUCAAGCGUGCCCGUACUUUCUUCUUUUGGUCUCUGCUGGAAAGCCAGCAGUCUUCGGUUGACGGUGAAAGCUUUAUUCUCAUCUCGCUGCGGUCCUCCGCAAGACAAUGUGCAGACGACAGUCGAAGAUGCCGAAAAAAAUUUGCUGGUGACGCGCUUUAUUAUGCUGGACGACAUAGCGGGCAAAUAUGGUUGUGGGUUACGCCUUUAGUGCGAUUUUUUUGUGCGCAUUUUUGGCGACUUGCGACUGUUCUGCCGAUGUUAAUCAGACCUUUCCAUUGACAAACAGAACCGAAACGUCUGAAAUAUCUACAAGGCACGGAAAACUGCUCUUCAACCAGAUCUCCAGCAUCUUCAACAUUUUCGGCGGUAUCCCAUCAAUAACAGACGAUGAUGACAGCGACGAAGAUGACGAUGGAGCAAGAGAAAAAAAUUGCACCUGCGAAUGUGGAGUGUCCAACCAAGAGGAUAGGAUAGUUGGUGGUCGCCCGACAAGCCCUAAUCGAUAUCCAUGGAUCGCCAGGAUUGUAUAUGAAGGACGUUUCCACUGCGGAGGAUCUGUUAUCUCCAAGGAUUAUAUACUUACGGCUGCUCAUUGCGUUAGAAAAUUGAAACGUUCCAAAAUAAGAGUCAUUUUAGGGGACCACGAUCAGUCUACAAUGACCGAUGCUCCAGCCAAGAUGAGAGCAGUUGCCGAAAUAAUCAGACAUAGAAAUUUCGAUACAGAUUCCUACAACCACGACAUAGCCCUGAUCAAAUUGAGAAAACCUGUGGAUUUUGGAAAGAACAUCAAAGCUGUGUGUUUACCGAAAAUUUCUGAUCCCUCCGGCAAGGUGGGUACUGUAAUAGGUUGGGGCAGAACAUCAGAGGGAGGCAUGCUCCCAAAUGUGGUGCAAGAAGUCCAAGUUCCUAUACUUACACUAUCCCAGUGCCGUGCUAUGAAAUAUAGGGCUUCAAGGAUAACCCCAUAUAUGCUCUGCGCAGGCCGAGGAUCCAUGGAUUCUUGUCAAGGUGACAGUGGAGGACCUCUGGUUAUACAAAACAAGGACAAAUACGAAGUUGUAGGAAUUGUAUCUUGGGGUAUAGGCUGUGGAAGACCAGGGUAUCCAGGUGUGUACACCAGAGUUACAAAGUACCUGAAUUGGCUGAGAUUGAAUUUGGAAGACACCUGUGUUUGUUCUUAAUUUAAUUAAUUUAUUAUAUUUUUUAAGAAAUAAAUUAUGUCCCACAUUA